AUGCUCAGAUCGAAGAAGCGUGUCCAGCGCCCGGCGGGGCUUCUCGACUUGCACCUCCGCCCCUAUCCCUUCCGGUCCUGUGCACGACGAUGGAUGAGUGUAAGACCGGAAAAGGUCUCGGAAGAGGAUGGCACUGCACCCCCGCGCAAGAAGGUGACCAUCGCACACCUCCACGCCCUCCGCGCCGCCCGGACGCCCAUCACCAUGCUCACCGCAUACGACUAUCCCACUGCCCGCGCGUGCGAGGCGUACGGGAUCGACAUCACCCUCGUCGGCGACUCGCUCGCGCAGGUCUGCCUCGGGUACGACUCCACGACGCGCCUCACGCUCGACGAGCUCCUCCACCAUACCCGCGCCGUCGCGCGCGGGUCCAAGACGCCCCUCCUUGUCGCGGACAUGCCGUUCGGGACGUACCUCGCCAGCCCGGAGGACGCGGUGGCGAACGCGGUGAGGAUCGUGCGCGAGGGUGGCGCGGAGGGCGUGAAGCUGGAGGGCGGGAUGGAGAUGGUCGAGACGGUGAGGAGGCUGACGAGCGUCGGGAUCCCCGUUAUGGCGCAUGUCGGGCUGCUGCCCCAGAGGCAUGUUGCGCUCUCGGGAUACCGGAUGCAGGGGCGCGAUGCGGAGUCCGCUAUGGGCGUGCUGAAGAGCGCCUUGGCGCUGGAGGAGGCGGGGGCGUUCGCGAUUGUGCUCGAGGCGAUCCCGCAGGUUCUUGGGUCGUAUAUCUCGCAACGGCUGAGGCACACGCCAACGAUAGGCAUCGGCGCGGGUCCGGGAACAGACGGACAGGUGUUGGUGUGGGCUGACAUGGUCGGGACAUGGCAGGGACACCAGGCGAAGUUUGUGAGGAGGUUUGCGGAGGUGGCGAAGGAGGUCGAGAAGGGUGUGCAUGCCUAUGCGGCCGCAGUAAGGGAGAGGAGCUUCCCUGGACCUCAGGAGAGCUACGAGAUGCCGAAGGCGCAAUGGGAUAAGUUUGAGCGGUCGGCGGAGGAGUAUGUUGGGAAGGCGCCAUAG